GCAAAAUGUCCAGUCGAGGCCGAUGUGAGCGAACGUAUUUCAACUGGUCUAUUCUUCCACGCAGCGAUAGUUGCUGUUAUAACAAAUCGUCGGAUAAGGAGGCACCAUCCUCGCUGUACAAUGAUCUUCAAGGAAGCGACGGCUCUGGGAAUUUGGGCGGCCCAGAUGUUCGAAGACGAAUCCCUAUCAAACUCAUAUCCAAACAGCCCCUAAGGAGCAAACCUCCGCCACGAGCCCAAAGACCCAGCAGCAGGCCAACUAAAAGUGAGCCCGGAGAAAAUGAUAACUUUGGCUUCAAGCAAGAGGACAGGUUUGACUGCGGCGCUAAGUCUGGAGAUGUGUUUGCAAAUCAGAGGAGAUAUCCCCAGCCACUGUUUUGGGAUUAUAAGUUGCAUUUGAUUGGAGAAAGGGAUGAAGUAGCGAUCCACUUCUGUGACAAAUGUGGUCUCCCUAUCCAGCUGUAUGGGCGGAUGAUCCCCUGUAAACAUGUUUUCUGCCACGACUGUGCUUUGCUUCAUGAAAAGAAAGGAGACAAGAUGUGUCCAGGCCUCACCCUCUACAGCUGCACAGAUCCAGUGCAGCGCAUCGAGCAGUGCCAGCGUGGUUCGCUCUACAUGUGCAGUGUUGUGCCGGGAUGUAAGCGCACCUACCUGUCCCAGCGUGACCUGCAGGCCCAUGUUAACCACCGCCACCUGAGGGCAGCCAAGUCGUCCUCAGGCCGCCAGGAGCCCCUGCACCUCGGCCUGUCAUCUGACGUGCCUGAUCGUUUCCGUGUGCCUCCACCUCACUUAUCCAAGAACCAUGUCCAUCUCCCCAACCCACUCCAGCAUGGUGGUCAUGACCCCUACAGCCAGCCGCCGCCGCCCUCUGCUCACGAUGCCCCGCCCCCAACAUCUGCUUUAGGGCCUGAGACAUUCCGCAUCGCUACGGUAACGACCCGGAAACACAGCAAUCUCAUCACUGUGCCCAUCCAAGAUGACUCCUCUUCCUCCCGUGAGCCCCACUCUGGUGGGCUAGGCCCCGGUCAGCCACCCCACCACCACCCUGGGGACUAUCCCGGACAGCCACCUGUUGUGUCCCACUCCCACCACAUGAUGGCGCCACCGCAGCAGCACUUUGGCCCCCCGCCACCCCCUCCUCCUCCCAUCAACCACCCAAUGCAGCAUCCGCCCCAGGCCUCUGGGACGCCACACAUGGUGUACAACCAGGCCCCGCCUCCCCCCAUGUCCACAGCUCCACCACCAAUCACGCCCCCACCAGGGCACAUUAUGCCCCCUUAUAUGAACCACCCGCCCCCAGGACCUCCACCACAACACAGUGGCCCUCCCGUCAACGCCCCUCCACCUCAUCAUUACAACCCCAACUCAAUGCAGCAGUUCCCUGAAGACCAGGGCACACUCAGUCCCCCGUUCAGCCAGCCAGGAGGGCUCAGCCCUGGGAUGUGGCCUGCUCCGAGAGGACCCCCACCUCCACGAAUGCAGGGUCCUCCUCCCCCGGGCCAGAUGCCUGGUCCACAUCACCCAGAUCAGGGCCGCUACCGGCCGUACUAUCAGUAAACUGCCAACUGAAUGAAUAGGCAACAGUCUGUGUCAUUCUGUUCCGCACCACUUGUCUGAAUAAUGUGAUAGUAAACCUCAGGGUUACAGGACGUAGAAGCUUCGUUUUGAUAAUACUGCCCAGAAACAAAUGUGUAUGCUGUGCACAUUUAAGUUAACUGUACUGAACCUUCUACUGAGCAUACUGCAGACUUGGAAGAGCAAGAAUGUCCCCUUUUUAAUAGCUUAUAUUUCUGUAUAUAUGUCAGCUGAGUUCAUGCAUAUGUACUGUUCAUGAAAGAUGUUAAAUAUGUCUCAAUAAAUUUUUAACGGCAGAUUUCAAUCUCAUCUUUGCUCUAUUGACACAAAUAGUUCUAUUGACUAACCGUUAAUAUUUAAUUUAUACGUUAAGAUGGUUAUAUGAUAUUUGAAGGAUAUGAGAAGCAAUACAUGGAGUUCACAUCUCGUGAGAACUAGUAUUACCUAGUUGGUCAACUGUAUGUAACCCUCCAGACAUUUUGUCCUGUGGCUACAUCUGGUGGUCGUCUUUAUCUGUGGUUUCCAACAAUUUUGGACUGUGACCCCAUAAAAUGGCUUGUAACUUCAUAUCAAAGGAUGGUAUUUAAAUGUCUGCACCACCCAAACCAAAGUGACAAUUUAUUCUCAGAUUGUUAUUUGAUGCUGGACCACAAGUGGAUUUUUAAGUUAUUUACAAAAUAAAAGAUCAUUCAGGAACUCUGAAAAAAUAAACUUGAUUUUGUGCA